AUGUCCGACGACAAAGUAAUUGGUCACCGGCUCCAGAGUUUUAAGCACAGAGGCAAAACCGAAAUCGAAAGGCGAAGAAUUAGAAGCGAGGCAACUGUUGGGCUAAGAAAAAACAAACAAGAACAAGAGUUAAUGAAACGCAGAAAUGUUGGCGAAGUAUUGAAUGAUGAUAUAGACUUGGAAAAACCUUUAACUGAACACGACCUACGCUCUUUGGUUGAAGAAGCUGGUAGUACUAUUCCAGAUGUACAACUUAAAGCCAUACAGUCUGCAAGGAAAUUGCUUUCAUCUGAUCGCAACCCGCCAAUAGAUGAGCUUAUAAACAGUGAAAUACUUCCAAUCUUGGUUCGUUGUUUAGACGAGCAUAAUAACCCAACAUUACAGUUUGAAGCAGCGUGGGCUCUAACCAAUAUUGCAAGUGGUACAUCCAUGCAAACUCAGGCAGUUGUCUCAGCAGGAGCUGUUCCAUUGUUUUUAAAUUUAUUAAAUUCAUCCAAUCAGACAGUUUGCGAACAAGCAGUUUGGGCAUUAGGAAAUAUUAUUGGUGAUGGUCCGCAACUACGUGACUAUGUUAUAAGUUUGAGUGUUGUGCCAAGAUUACUUCUCUUUAUCAAUCCGGCAAUACCGAUAACAUUUAUGCGGAAUGUCACAUGGGUUAUAGUUAACUUGUGUCGAAAUAAAGACCCACCACCGGCACAACAUGUUAUUGAUGAACUUCUUCCUGCUCUUAAUUAUUUGAUUAAUAAUAAAGAUAUUAAUAUUCUUGUUGAUACUGUUUGGGCUAUCAGUUAUUUGACAGAUGGAGGAAACGAUCAAAUUCAAAGAGUUAUUGAGAGUGGUAUAGUACCUAAUCUAAUACCGCUAUUGUCACACAAAGAAGUGAAGGUACAAACAGCAGCAUUGCGUGCAAUAGGAAAUAUUGUUACAGGAACUGAUGAACAAACACAAAUAGUUCUUGAUGCUGGUGCAUUAUGUCAUUUUCCAGCUUUACUUUCUCAUUCAAAAGAAAAAAUAUGCAAGGAAGCUGUUUGGUUUCUUUCAAAUGUUACUGCUGGAAAUCAAGUUCAAGUUCAAGCCGUCAUAGACGCUGGUCUGAUACCAAAAAUAAUAACCCAUCUAUCAAAGAGUGAAUUCCAAACACAAAAAGAAGCAGCCUGGGCAAUUACUAAUUUAACUAUCAGUGGAAAUAGUCAACAAGUAGAUUGUGUUAUCAGUGCAGGCGUUGUUGCUCCCCUUUGUGCUCUGUUGUCUUGUCAAGAUAGUCAAGUUAUUCAAGUAGUUUUAGACGGCUUACAAAAUAUGCUUAAAAUUGCUGGUCCUGAUGUUGAUGCCUUAGCUAAUUUGAUUGAAGAAUGUGAAGGCCUUGAUAAAAUUGAACAACUUCAAAAUCAUGAAAGUGUUGAAAUUUACAAAGUUGCGUUUGAUAUCAUCGAGAGAUAUUUCUCAGAGGAAUCAGCUUCACCUACUCAACCUCCAUCAUGCUUUGAAUUCAAUCCGGCUACAACAAACACUCAGUUUAAAUUUUAG